CAUCAGAUUUCUCUGUCUGUGUGUGUGUGUGAGUGAGGGAGAGAGGCACUCCUUUUGCAGAGAGAGAGAGAGAGAGAGAGGGCGAGAAGUCCAGAAAGCUCUGGAGCAUUAAAAGAAGAAAGAAGACUCGCUGCUGCCAGAUUUCCACACUCUAAAACCAAAAACAAAGUGAAUACUUUUCCUUGAAAAAGUUAGAAAAUCGGCCAUGGACGGCAUAACAUUUGGACGCGCGUCGCUCUUCUGCACCUUGCUGCUCUGGGCAUUUCAAGUUUGUAGUGGCGCUGUGACCGUGAAGGUGACUUCUAAAGUGGAGGUGUUGAAAGGAGAUACUGCCAAACUGCCCUGCACAUAUACCGUCUCUCCACCAUCAAGCAACACUGUUGUCGAGUGGUACAUUGAGGAGCAGGGAACCAGGAAGCGUGUGGCUUUUACCCAGGGUGGUCAGGGAAAAAGCGAUGAUGGCACCCUUCUGUCUGGGCGGGUCACUAUCGGACAGGACUUUACCUUGACCAUAUCCUCGGUUCAACCCUCCGACGAGCUCGUCUUCUACUGCCAGGUCACCGCUGGCCCGGCCGGGGUUGGAGAUGCCGCCACGAUGCUCAAAGUCUUCUUUGCUCCAGAGAAGCCAGAACUCACCAAGCCGUCAAGUCAGGCUAUUACGGCGGGGGAGACUACCAGCUCUGAGAUUGGGACCUGUGUGACGUCAAAUGGACAUCCCCAGCCAAGAAUUAUCUGGUUUAAAGAUGACCAGCCCCUACCUGAGGUCAAGGACAGGAAAGAGAAGACCUACAUGAUUCCCUCGGUGGUGAAGGAGUCCUCCGGUCUCUCUACCGUCAAGAGCACAUUAUACAUGCAGCCCACCAAGGCAGACAAGGACUCUGUGUUCAAGUGCACCGUGGAGUACAGCAUGCCAGGAGACCAGAUCAAACAGAAGAUGUCCGACACCAUCACCAUCAACCUCAACUAUCCAUCUGAGAAAGCAACCUUUUCUCUACUCAACACUAGUCCAGUCAAAGAAGGCGAUACUGUUACCAUGAAGUGUGAGACUGAUGGAAACCCUCAGCCCGAGUUUGACUUCACCAAAGAUGGAAAAGCCACCAGUGGUCAGGGUAGUCUGCUGAUACUGAAAUCUGUGAAGCGCACAGAUGGUGGUGUGUACAAGUGCACAGCCACGGACUUUGAUAACCUGGAAGCUGACUUGAGUGGAACGAUCACCCUUACUGUUAACUACAUUGACCCAGUGAGCGUGAGCCCUGCCCAACCUCAAGUCGUCAUUCUUGGAGACAAAGUGGAGUGGCAGUGUAAAACCAAGGCCUCAGCUGGGCACACCAUUCAGUGGAAAAAGGGCUCUGAGGUGCUCUCACAGGACGGCACGCUGUCACUACAAAAUGUUUCCUAUGAUAAAGCUGGAGAGUACAUGUGUGUUGGAGCCGUGCCAUCUGUGCCGGGACUAACAGCCCAGGCCAGUGUGAACCUCACUGUCAAAGGAAAGCCGAUGAUUGACACCCCCGCCGUUGAAGAGGUGGGGAAGGAAGGAGACAUGGUGACUCUGAAGUGCUCGGCCUAUGGCUCUCCCGCUCCUCAGUUCACCUGGAAGCCAUCAGGAAAAGAGUCCGUAUUAUUGGAAGGGAACAAGGUUGUGAGCACUGUGACCCUACAAGCCACGGCCGCGGUCAUGAAGGACGGGGCGACCUGCGAGGUCUCCAACCAGUACGGAACAGAUAGCAAGACCUUUGUGGUAUCUCUCAAAAGAGCAAUCGACAACUCCGCUGACAGAGUGCUGCUCUCUGGAAACCCUGUGCUUAAGUCAGCUGACAAGCAACAGGGAGGCUCCAGCGGGGUGGUUAUAGCCGUGGUGGUGUGCGUUCUGCUGCUCCUGCUGAUGGUGGCUCUCAUCUACUUCCUGAACAAGAAGAGUAAGCUGCCCUGCAGCAAGAAGGACAAGAAGGAAGUGGCAAGUGGAGAGGUGAACAGCGACAUUGUGGUGGAGAUGAAGACAGACAAGGCCAACGAAGAGGCCGGUCUCCUUAACAAGAGACCGUCCCCAGAACAGUGAUGAAACAAGACAGUAAAAGUAACCGACAGAGGGAUGAAGGGAAGAAGGAGAACAGUUAUGAAGACAACAGAGCUCAUUUUUAUAAACUACACAAGACUGGGGGGGACAACAAGAGGUGGAACAUGAACAUUUUGUUUUUUUUGGUGACGUCGGGGAGCACCAUAUUUGGCAUUGGUUAUGCUUGUUUUAUAACCUGGAGUAGACCUUUUUAGAUGGAGUUUCUCCUUUUAAUUAUUUUGUUUUAAGAGGCUCCAUCCAUACAUGCUACUACAGGUGUAAAACCAUACAUGUGCAUCACUGGAUCCGAUUAUUAUUAUUGCUUCUUUUGAUUCUUCCUCACAAAUCACAUCUUUUGUCGACUCCUCUGCAGAAUAGAGUUGCAUAGCAAAGCGUGGCUGACACAAUCCAAACACAGUGGCAGAAUCUUUCUUAUUUACCCCAAAUGAAACACUGCUUUUCAGGAGUGUGUGUCUGUGUGCAAGUGUAUAACAUGGAAAGACUAUUCUGCCUUGGAGUCUGCACUUAUAUUCGGUGUUCUCUGCUGGGUAUAUUGGGAAAGAUUAUCACACAGUGCCAUUCUCUUUUUUGAUUCACCUCAAUAACAAGUGAUGAUUUACGCUCACAACAUUUAAUCCCUCUACACACUGUUUGGCACACACGGCUGUAACAUUUCCGCUCAAAGAAGCUCUGUGUUUGCGUUAGUGCUGUUUACUUAAUUGCAUAUUUGCCACCUGUGAAUGUUUUUGUUUUCAUUUUUUUUUCCAAUAUCCCUAAUUAGCUUUCUGUAGAAGCAGCUCAAGCAUUUAAUAAUGCCAAUCCUUUCUCUUAAUUUGCUUGCCUUUUUAAAUCUAGCUAAAAAGCCACCAAACAGGCAAGCUAUUAGGUUGUAAAUUAGUUUUUGCCAUUUCCAGCAUACUGUUUUUUACUUUGUUCACUUUCCUCUCCUGUUUUCUCUAUAAAUUCAGAUAUUACGAUUAUACUGUCUAUUAAGCAGGGGGUGUACUGUGCAUUAGUUUAAAGUCUUUGUGGUUACUAAGCUUCUGGACUGGGACGGUGUUGGGGCCAUAAUUGCUCUCAUUUCUCACAGAGUCUUUCGCUGCCUUUCAGUCCUCUACUUCGGGAUGAAACCAUUCUCACAAGUGCAGCAUGCUACGGUUCUGCUCAGAAAGCCCAAUUAUCAUCAGCUUUCACUGUAAAAGUGGUGGUGAAAUGGUCUUUGGUCAACAAUCUCAAACUGUGGCCUGCUGUGUUGUCAUUUUGCCUGUGACAACUAAAAGGGACUUACAUGUUCUGCAGCAUAGUAGUCACAGGUUCACCUUUAAGGAGAAAUCACUGGCACAGGUUCACUCUUGUUUGAUACAAGCAGGGAAGGGAAGGAGGGAAGGUGUAGGAGGAAUAUUUCAUGUAAUUUUUUAUAAAUGCCAAAUGGAAGAGUUGUUGAGUGUCACAGCAGGAGUGUUUUUCUGUUUCUACCCUACACUGUUGGCAGACCAGAGAGGUUUGAUAGCGGGUUGACGUGCCCUUUUACUUUGUUGUACACUGGAACCAAUGGCCUUGAUUUUAAAAAGAAUGUCACCUCAAACCACUAUCUCCGCCUACAAACAAGGCUUGUUUUAUUUUGUAAUGUCUGUCUACUGAUCUUGCCAUAUUCACUGUAAGCUAACCUGUGAUGGCAGGCAAAGAUAGAUAAGUGAACUUGGGACAUUGUGUUUUGCUUUUUAAUGUUUUAUAUGAAAUAUUGUGGUAUAAAAGUGUUUUUUCUAGAAAGGGGGAUUCUUCAUUUUGGAACUACUGAGUUUUAAUUUUCCCAUGCUUUUUCACUUCCUCUGAGAGAAGAGUGAUUUUUAUUUUUAUUUAGGAUUCUUUUUUAUGAGAUAUUCUCAGUGCUUUAUUUCUCUCUCUGUACUGUAAACUGUAUAUUUUGUGGUACGCUGUUGUGACUUCUGUGGUGUGUUGAUGUAUCUUUUUAUUUUGUUCCAGCUGUGUAGAAUUUAUAAUGAAACAAAAUUCAAGAAAACCAAUCACAACACU